AGCCCAGGGUCCUUAACGGCCAUCAUUGAGUAAACCGUGUAGCUAAAGAACUACAACUGAGAGGUCACGAUGGUCCAGAAAAUACUAAAUAAAUUGGUCGGUACCAAGUACAUUACUAUUCUAAGGACGUGGGUACCAAAUAUGGCUGCCUGGGGAACAGUUGGUGGAGUGGCGCUCAUUCACUUCACAGACUGGCGAUUGGUCCUGGACUAUGUGCCAUACAUUAAAGGGAAGUUCAGCAAGGAUGAGUAAAGUCCCACAAAACUAAAUUGACCAGGGCUUGGGAAUGGGCACAUGGGUGGAUUGCUUACACAAGCAAGCUUAAGUAUGAUGCCCUGGCUCAACAAUCAGUCACCAAGGGCUUGUUAGGAGUUUGGACUAUGAGAUGCACUCUGUAUAAAUGCUGUUUUUGAUCCAUUAUUAUUUAAUGUGCAUAAAUCUUUAUUUGCUCCAAUGUGUCCAGUUAUUCUGCAAAAUGCCAACUAUUAAAAAGUUUUGUUUAAAUUGUU